AUGCACCCAUCAUAUAAAAAGAGAUAUAUUGACAUAGAGAUGAUUCUUCAGGACAACGCCAUGGAGAGCUUCGAGCCUGGGACCUUCAGCAAUCUCGUCUCGGUUGAGUCACUGUGUCUCAAGGGCAAUGGCUUGAGUGAGCUUCCUGAGGGCGAUGUGUUUGGUGACAUGACGAAUCUCCAGUACAUUUACUUCGACGAAUUCCGGCAGUGUUCUCUGGCCCUCCACGUGCGCCAGUGCGAGCCGAAAGGGGAUGGAAUAUCGUCCGUUGAACAUCUUCUGGACAGCAUAGUACUUCGGAUAUGCGUGUGGGUGAUGGGCCUCCUGGCGUGCGCCGGCAACAUCCUGGUCCUCGUGGGACGCUACGUUGUCAAGGAGCCGAACCGCGUCCACUCCUUCUACAUCAAGAACCUGUCUCUCUCCGACCUCCUGAUGGGCGUCUAUCUCUUCAUCAUCGCCUUCUACGACGCCUCCUUCAGGGGCACGUACAUCCGGCACGAGACCUCCUGGCGCCGGUCCUGGCAGUGCAGCUUCUGUGGCUUCCUGAGCACCCUGAGUUCCGAGGCGUCCGUGCUCACCCUCACCACCAUCACCCUCGACCGCUAUUGCUCGAUCGUCCAUCCUCUCACCCUCAAGGAGAGGACCUUCCGCGCCGCCGCCGGAGUCAUGGCCACGAUCUGGACCUUCGCCGCCCUCCUGGCCCUCCUGCCGGUCGUCGGCCUCGCCUACUACGGGGACAACUUCUACGGGAGCAACGGCAUGUGUCUGCCGCUGCACAUCCAUGACCCGUAUGCGAAGGCCUGGGAGCACUCCGCCGCCAUCUUCAUCGGCCUGAACCUCGUGGCCUUCAUGUUCAUCGCCUACGCCUACAUCAGGAUGAUCAUAGCCAUCCAGGAGUCCCGGAUGUCGCUCAGGUCGACGCAGGAGAAGCAGGACAGGAUCCUGGUGAAGCGUUUUGCCUUCAUCGUCGGCACGGAUUUCCUGUGUUGGAUGCCGGUUAUCAUAAUCAAGGUUGUGGCUUUGUCAGGGGUUGGAAUUGACAGGACAUUAUAUGCCUGGUUGGCCGUCUUUGUCCUUCCUGUUAACUCGGCCCUGAACCCUAUCUUAUACACGCUGGCGACAAAGAUCUUUAAACAACAGGUCGUGAAGAUGGUCUUUAACAUGAGUCGGUGGCCGGUGAGUCAGCCCCGGACGGGCACGGACUCCAACCCUUCGAAUUCGUACGUGAUGCUGUACCGCGGGCGAUUCCAGACGGCGCAGAUGUCAACGCGCACCGCCUCGCUCUGGUCGCACCGAACGCGGAGACUAAGCAUGGACCAAAGAGGGGUUUAUGGCAUUGCCCAGUCUGCCCCCCCGCCCUGCACCUGCCCGCCCACCUGUGAGAUCUAAGCCAUUACCCUCGCGCCCUCAACACCUCUCAUCCUGUACAGACAAGGCCGAGCUAUCAUCACCUUCGAGUCGAAGGAGCGGGGAAGUGCGAAACCCUGGUCGGGAGAGUCAAGUGAUGUAACAUACAAGUAGAUGGGGUUGGGUGUUGCGUGUGUUUGUGUGUGUGUAUGUGUGUGUGUGUGCGUGUAAGUGUUAUUAUGUCGGCAAAGCCUCUCCUCUGGUGUUUUAUACGUACAAUCCCUCACAAAUACCUCAUAUUUCUUUCGUGAUAUUUUUUUUUUGUCUCUCUGUUGUACAAUGUGGAUAAUUGAACUCCACAUACACUGACUUCUACAUAUUUCCACAUAUACUGGACUCCUCAUACACUGACCUCCACAUAUACUGAACUCAAAAUACACUGCUAUAAUCAUAUUACUGUUCGAGCCAGAAAUGGAAGAUAAGAGUUUUUAAAGCUCCUCUCGUAAUGUUCACAUCUCGUCACUUGAACAUGACACAGCCAGUUUGUUAAAAUUAUGCGAGCUCCAACCCAAUGAAUAUACACAUUCACAUACACAGAAAUAAAUGCAUAAUUGUCCGAUAGAUAUGCAUUUGAUUCUGUGCAUAUGCAUGUCCGUAUACUGAAUAUAUAUUGGGUCGCGCCUCGCACACUUUUAACGAUCCGGCCGAUAUAUAUAACUCAUAUUUUCGCCUUUAGGAAGAGUAGACAAUCCAGGAAAAUAAUCUUGGUAAAAGGCAAAGAAUCUGAAACAAUGGUCCAUGGCGAAAAUAGAUAUUUUAA